AUGGACGCCUCUGCAGCCUCCUUCCUCUCCCUCCUGGUCCUUAUCUUCAUCCUCAACCUCGCCGCCGAGGCCGGGCCUGCGUCUCAGGGUCGCGAUGUCAAGGCCAUGACCGCACUGUUUGGCUCGCGGCUCUCCUCUCUCCUCAUGGCCCCGCCGCCGCCCCCGUCCGAGGGCUCAGCGGAAGGUCCGGCGGCGGCGGGGUCACGCUCCCUCGUGGACGACCUGCGGCGACACGCCAAGAUGAGGAGGCGCGGCGGGAAGUGGACGGCGCUGGGAGGACGAGGAUGCUUCGGCUUGAAGAUGGAUCGCAUCGGCGCGGUCAGCCGUCUCGGAUGCUGA